AGCGGCGCUUCCUUUCGUUUUCGGCUAUGCUGUCGAAGGGGACGCUCAAACGAAUCGCAGACUGACUUCAGAGUCUGAGCUCACGCAGCUGCAUAAAAGCAGCAGAGCGGCUGUUGAGCAGCAGACCGGAGGAAGAAUUACCGGAGCGGGAAGCGGCAGCUGGACUUGAAAAGACCCAAACACCACAUCAGGAGAAGGGAACUGCAAAGAACCAUGUGUGACCUUUGGAAAACGUAUGGGGACAUCAUGAAGGUUCAAACCUCUGGAGCUUCAGAGAAAACUGCUAAACAGGACAACCUGCCAUUCACGGGUGUUCGAGCGUCACACAGAAUGGCACAAACAGAUGAAGGGAGAAUGAGGAACUAUAAGGACAUUAUCAUGCAAGUGGGAUCAGAGUUCCACGUUGACCCGGCCAUCAUUGCUGGCAUCAUCUCAAGAGAGUCCAGAGCUGGAAAUGCCCUGGAUGACGGCUGGGGAGACUGGAACCCAGAAAGAAACGCCUAUAAUGCCUUUGGACUGAUGCAGGUUGACGUCAAUCCAAAAGGUGGUAAUCAUGAUCCGCAGGGCAAAUGGAACGAUGUGCAUCAUCUACGACAAGGCACUGGAAUCCUGGUUCACUUCAUCAACCAGAUCAGCCAAAAACCUGCAUUCCAAUCCUGCACCAAGGAGCAGAAGCUGAAAGGAGGGAUAGCGGCGUACAACAUGGGGGAUGGAAACGUUCACUCCUAUGACAAAGUGGACGAGAACACCACAGGUGGAGACUACUCCAACGACGUUACCGCCAGAGCUCACUGGUAUAAGCAGCAUUUCUUUAACUAGAGGCUUCCGUCCACAAGAAAACCAUCAAAGAAUCCCGGAGGAAUUCUCUCUUGUAAAGCUCACUCAACACUUUUUAUAUCUCAAUCUGGAAUCAUUUCAAAACUACUUAUUUUGCCUCACCUUGUAAUCAUUCCAGUGAACACCCAAUGUAAGAAAACUGAUCAUUUAAGAUAAAUAGAAUUGCCAAGGAAUGUGUUUUUUUCCCUUUACUGCUUCAUUUCAUUGUAAUGUUUUCAUUUUUUCAAAAUAAAGGUAAUCUCUAACCUUA